ACGGUCUAAGCACUCCGGGCGGAAGCUCCCCGCCCCACCCGUAAGAGUUGAGGUUUGAUCGGAGCAAGUGAGAAUUAUUCCCGGGCUCCAGUUGUGCAUCGCUCCUCCUGCUGUUGCUGCAGGUGCGAUUCCUCGGACUCAGGUUUGCUAGACACGAGCUGAUGAGAUCUCUGACUCUCCUCUACAGCAGGCCCUUUAGAGCAUUGCUCACACGCUCACUACAGUUAUGGUGGAUCAAGUGCUGAAAGAUUGCUUUCUCUCCUUGCUCAUUUUUCAUUCAGCCCUUUGCCCACAAGGGCUCUUGUUAGCCAUCCAGAGCAGCAAGGCUGUUUGUGCUUGUUGUGCCCUUCUUUUUCUUUUACACAUCUGUAGUCAUCAACCCUGCCCGGCUUUUUACAAGAUGGACCACACAUCCCCAACCUACAUGCUUGCUAACUUAACCCACUUACAUUCUGAACAACUUCUGCAGGGCUUGAAUCUCCUUCGUCAGCAUCACGAACUCUGUGACAUCGUGCUUCGUGUAGGUGAUGUUAAAAUUCAUGCUCACAAAGUGGUACUUGCCAGCAUCAGCCCGUAUUUCAAAGCAAUGUUCACCGGAAAUCUCUCAGAAAAAGAGAACAGUGAGGUGGAGUUUCAGUGCAUUGAUGAAACUGCCCUCCAGGCCAUUGUGGAAUAUGCCUAUACAGGAACUGUUUUUAUUUCUCAGGACACAGUUGAAUCUCUUCUUCCAGCAGCAAACCUACUCCAAGUAAAGCUUGUCCUGAAAGAAUGCUGUGCAUUUCUUGAAAGCCAACUUGAUCCUGGUAAUUGUAUUGGAAUUUCGCGUUUUGCAGAGACGUAUGGUUGUCAUGACCUUUAUUUGGCAGCCACUAAAUAUAUAUGCCAAAAUUUUGAAGCUGUUUGCCAGACAGAAGAGUUUUUUGAGCUUCCACACGCAGAUCUGGAUGAAAUUGUUUCCAAUGAUUGUUUGAAUGUAGCUACCGAAGAGACUGUUUUUUAUGCAUUGGAGUCUUGGAUCAAGUAUGAUGUACAAGAACGCCAGAAAUACUUAGCCCAGCUACUAAACAGUGUACGGUUACCAUUGCUGAGUGUUAAGUUUCUUACUAGGCUGUAUGAAGCAAAUCAUCUUAUUCGUGAUGAUCGCACUUGUAAACAUCUGUUGAAUGAGGCCCUAAAGUACCACUUUAUGCCUGAACAUAGACUUUCUCAUCAGACAAUCUUGAUUACACGACCUCGCUGUGCUCCCAAAGUACUCUGUGCAGUAGGAGGAAAAUCUGGACUCUUCGCCUGUUUGGAUAGCGUGGAGAUGUACUUUCCUCAGAAUGACUCUUGGAUUGGUUUGGCACCCCUAAACAUUCCACGUUAUGAAUUUGGAAUAUGUGUUUUAGACCAAAAAGUGUAUGUCGUAGGAGGUAUUGAAACUGAUGUGCGUCCCACUGUCACUCUCAGAAAACAUGAGAACUCGGUAGAGUGCUGGAACCCUGAUACAAAUACCUGGACUUCUCUGGAGAGAAUGAAUGAGAGCCGAAGUACCCUGGGAGUAGUAGUGCUUGCAGGAGAACUUUAUGCUUUAGGUGGAUAUGAUGGGCAGUCUUACUUACAAUCGGUAGAGAAAUAUAUUCCCAAAAUAAGAAAAUGGCAACCUGUGGCACCAAUGACUACAACCAGAAGUUGUUUCGCUGCAGCCGUAUUGGAUGGAAUGAUAUACGCCAUUGGAGGGUACGGCCCUGCACACAUGAACAGUGUGGAGCGUUAUGAUCCAAGUAAGGACUCCUGGGAGAUGGUUGCGUCCAUGGCAGAAAAAAGGAUUCACUUUGGUGUGGGUGUUAUGUUAGGCUUUAUUUUUGUUGUGGGUGGACAUAAUGGUGUCUCCCAUUUGUCAAGCAUUGAAAGAUACGACCCUCACCAAAAUCAGUGGACUGUGUGUAGACCAAUGAAAGAACCCAGAAUAGGAGUUGGUGCUGCAGUGAUUGAUAACUACCUGUACGUGGUUGGUGGUCACUCCGGGUCUUCCUAUCUGAACACAGUGCAGAAAUACGACCCUAUCUCAGACACUUGGUUGGAUUCAGCAGGCAUGAUCUACUGCCGCUGCAAUUUCGGACUGACUGCACUUUGACAAGUGUGAGUUCUUGGCAAUAGCAUGGUGGUGAAACUUGUGCCACACUAAGGAUGCCCAGUUUUCUAAAAGCUGCAUUGCUUCUUUGUAACUUCAAGUGGCAUGAAGACUCAAAGUUUGCGGGGUUCUUUGAACAGACAACUAGUUUUGGUUGCUCUUGAUUAAACCCAUAAUAAAAACAGAAAAAGACCUUGCUGAUUGAAUUGUGCACUUUUCCCCUCAAGGCUGGGCUAGACUGGGAUACUUCUUAAAUGUAUAUGUGGAGAAAACUUCACUGCUUUUUUUUUCUUUUAAGUUUAGCUCUCCUUCAUUGACAUGUAUGUAUUAUGAUUUAAUAGGAUGAAAGAGGCUUUAGAACUAUAUUAAAUGAAUGGAUGGAUUGCUUAUACUGCUUGUCACAUAUAAAUUCAUAUGCUUUACAUUUCUUAAAACAAAGGGCUGCUUUUACUUUUGGUACUUUUAAAGAUUGUAAAUAAUGUGCCCUAGUGAGUCACCUAUGUACUGUUUCUGCUAAAUGGUUUUAGGACUGGUGAUACAAUAGGUUUGCAAGACAGUUGCUUUUAUGAUCAUAUUUGGGGCCCUAUUUUAAGAAGUCAGCUAUUUACUGUUUAUUCCUUUUAUACACAUGGGCAGGUUAAUGCUGGACAGAUUUAAUUACUCAUCUUUGCUAUGAUGAGAAUGGAUAGGAGUUAAUCAUAGCAAGCAUUUCAGUUUUUUCUUAGUAGUACAGCAGGCUUCCCAGGGUUGAUGUAAAUAUGUGAAGUGUUUAAUAUUUUAGUGCAUAUUAAUUUUUUCAUACAUUCUCAUAAUACUUUUAGUUUUAAGAUCUUUGCUUUUUUUCAGUAUUCAGAUAUAAAAAUGGUGCUAACUGUAGAAUCUAUAACAAGAUUAUAACCAAUGUUCUUUUGGAUGUUUUAAGAAAUGCAUGAUAUAUUUUGGUAAUCCCUUUGAUUUUUACUGGCUUGAGUCAUUUGUGCUUAUAACAGUGAGUACACCAACAUUAACACUCAAAAAUCAUCUAAAUGGCCUAUAUAUGCUUUUUAUAGUCCCUGAAUAGUGGUUUAAAGAAAGAUAUAUUUUUACUUUCUUUUUCUGCUAGAUAUUACAUGUCCUCCUUAAAAAUAAACAUGCAUUAAAUAUAAGACACUAAACAGUUAUGCAUUACUUUGUAUAUUUCUUAGGUAACUGAAUAUUUUAAAGUUAUUGAGGAAAACUAGAAUUCAAUGUUUGAGUAAUGAUUCAAAAUUCGAUUCUGCUUUGAUUAAAGAAGCAAUCUUUUAAAAUAAAAUUGCUAGCCAGUGAUAGCUUAUUUAAAAAAAAUGAUUAACUUAGUUUAGCAUGUGUUAGUAGAUGUCUCUUAGUCUUGAAUACAUUAGCUUGCAUUUUAUUAUGAUACUAGUAUUUAUGUUUGUGGUUUUGGUACUGUAGUCAUUUUGUUUUCAUUUGUUUUUCCCUUCCCAUUGUUGCUUUAUAUGCCUCUGCAAGACCAGUGCAUAUUUUUCCUAAGAAAACUUCAUACUGCAUUCUUAAGUGCCAUAAUAUUCAAAACUCGUUAAGAAGCCAUUUGUAAUUAUAAAACAUAGGUUCAGUUAUAUGUUAUUUUUUAAAAACUAUAACCAGGCAAUUUACAGUUUUCCUUGCUCUUCCAUAAAGUACCAGUUGUAGAGUUGAGUGUAUGCUACAAAACUAGGUAAAAUCAUCUUUAAUCAUAAAAGUAAUAUGUUUUAUGAAUAUUUGCACAGAUUAUAAAACCUUGCAAGUGAUUUUUAGUCUCUUCUAACUUAGAACUCAACAGGAACUACUAAUAGUCAGCUGAAUAUUUUCUAUGUUGCUUGUUUGAAUAACAUAAAGAUAUAUAGCAAUAACUUUUUCAUCGAUUUGAAUAAAUCUGUUGAAUAGAAAUAAGGUGCACUAUUGUGGUUGGCCUAAACCCUAAAGAAAAGCAAUUUAAAAUAGAUUCCACCAUGUACAGCACUUAGGUUUAAAUCCCCAACUCAGUUUCUUUAUGUCAACUUACCUUAGUCACUUUUGUUAUUGUGGUGGCAAAAUACCCAGCACCGGGCAAGUUAAGGGAGGAAAAGUUUAUUUGGACUCACAGUCUGUAGAGGUUUCUGUCUACCCCUCUAUCCCGCUGGCUCCAAGACAGGGUUGCAUGGCAAGAGGAGGAGAGAACUCCUGAUACGGAGUGGGAAGCUGAAGAGAGAUCAAGGGAGGAAGAGGGAGCUAGGUCCUUCAAGGCCACGCCCCCAGACACCCACCGCCUCCAGCUAGGCUUCCCUGUCCAGCUUCACAUUUAGCUAUUAAGUCAUUAGUGGCCUCAUAGUAUUAAGCCCUUAUGGUCAGUCAUCUCCCCAAAGCCCUACCUAUGAGCACAGUAGGCUCGGGGUGGGAGGCAUCUACAUAUAAACCGUAACAUGAAUUAAAUACAUCUUUUUAUACUACUUUUGAUCCUCUUCUCCCAAAAGGUAGGAAUUUGAAAAACUAUAGAAAAUUAUUUUAAUUGUAAACACAUUUAUGUUACACUCAUGUUUUUUCCAGUACCAAAUUAGUAUAAAACAUAAUCAGUUGGCAAAUUCAAGAGUGUAUAUUGAUCUCUUUUGAAAACGUUAACGUUCAUCUUGAUAAAGAUUAAAUGUGAAAUAUCGAUAAUAGGAGCUAUGUACCAAUGAACCAAUUACGAACAUCUGUGAACGUAAAAGGGAAAAAAUUUUAAAUUUAGAAAUAUUUUCUCAUAGGAUUGCUGUUGUAAUUUUCGUAACAGUGACAUCUGUCGAUAUCACCUGACAACUGGUAAGUUUACUGUAAAUCCUUCUCUGAAAACUUUGUGAGAGUUUUAUUUGGAGUAUUUUGCUGAUAAAUUAUGAAUUUAAAGCCACGUGAUUCUUAAAAGGUUCUCAAUGUUACAAACCCUGAAGUUUCAUGGUAUUAGAAAAGAUUGUACAUAUUUAGUCAAGGAUAGGAAUGUUAUUUAAAAUUGCCCAGGAAUAUGUUGGAAAAUAAUGCCAAGAGAAAUGGAAAUUAAAUACAUUGCAGGAUAAUUGUCUCCUAUAAUUGUUAUAAAGACAUAAUUUGUUAGGAAUGUUCAGCUAUUUAACAUUUCCCUAACUGAUUUUUUCAUAUAACCUGAAGAAUAUUUAUAAGUUCCAUUUGUUAUUGUUAAAUGCUGUUUUUAAUAUGAGUAUUAUGAAUGAAUAUUCAAUGACAGGAAGUGGUAUCAAGGGAUAGGCAGAUGGCAUUAGGUUUUGAAAGUGUAUUUUGAUAGUUUGAUGCAUAUGGAGGGUCAACUACAUGUAUGAGAGUCUGCGUUAGGUGUGGUAGGGGCUAGAAAUACACUCGACUCAAAAGAGUAAAAUACAGUGAAAGAGUUUUGUACCACUGUAACAACUAUAGUAAAGUAUGAAUCUAAUUCCUGCUUUCCAACAUCAUAAAAACCUAGUUUCUAUGAGUAGAAACCUAGUUUACGUCUAAACAAUUACUUAGUAUUCCAAUAAGUUUUAAUGGCUUGAAAAUUAUGAAAAACCUAAUGUUUCUGGGACUCCACCACUUCUAGAAUUGGAUAGUGUAUUUUCUAGAAGAAAAAAGUGUAGAGAGAAAAGAAGCCAUAUCCUGGAGUGUCCAGCCUGUCCAGCCUGUGAGGGAAACCUUCAUGUAUCAUGCCUGUUUAUUUUUGGUUUUGGUGUUGGAUUCCUAGUAUUGCCACCUAAGUGCUUAUUUUCAGGAAAAUCAGAUCUACAAUAAACUGGUGAAAACCUCUGUAACCUCUACAGUCCGAAAGUUAAGAAGUUACGUCACAUGUCAAGUUAACAUCCAGUUCUACUUCUUAACCUUUUCCCCUUUGUAAACAGCACUUUAGACAGGAUUUAAUUAGAUAACAAUUCUGUGGCUGGAAAUAUAUUACUGUAUAUUCAUUCAGUGUUGAUACACAUUGGAAAAGACUGAGAAAUACAAUAAAUACAUGUUUUCAAUAUUAUAGGUUUACAAAUUUUCUGACUAGUGUGAAUAUGGAGUUAAAUGAAAAUCCAGUUUACAUCUCUGCAGAGAGAAAAUUUGUUAUCCAUGUCUUUUAUAUUAUACAUAGAGAUAAUUUAUUGUUAAUUUUGUCAAGUUAUCAUGUGUAAGGUCCCAUUUAUUUUAAAAGACUAAGCAAAAAGUUCCAAGUUUGCCUUAAAAUACAAGUGAAAUUAAAGAACUGGAUGAUAAUGCCUAUAUUUUUGCCUUAUGAAUUGUGCUGUAUAAUAAUCCAGAGAUGGUUUUAACAGGAUUCUGAAAUUUUGUAGAUGUAGAGUACUAAUAUUUGUACUCUUGCAGAGAAUGUGAUCUAGUUGUGAAUAAUGUUGAUGUUUAAAGUUUUUGUAUCUAUCUUUUACCUCUGAAUAUGUACCUUUUUAGCAUCAGGGUUUUGUUUUACUUUUGUUUACACAGUAAAAUGGCAUUUUAACCUAUUGAAAAUUGUAUUCUUUUGUCUUUUAUUUUGAGUUUUUGUGUAUAUUAUUGCGGUAAUGCUCUGUAAUGGUUAUGGUUGAAUUUCAUUUAAUGUGAAAUGUUUAAAAUGCAAUUAAAAAUUUUAAACGUGUAA